UCUUCACAAGAAAACCGUGUCUCGUGCAGUUCGUUCGCCGCGUACCGGUUAUCCAAUCGUUGUUUAUUUCUAUUCGAUCGGUGCUAUUCAUUCAUCAUGCGAUUAACGAAUACUCUUCUGCGGCAGCACAUAGGAUUCUUUUUCAAGAAGCACUGGCUGCAGCAGGGCAAACGGGUGCCCAAUAGCACCGGGGCGGAAGAAGAGCUCGCUGCGCGUGGUAUCAGGGUGGUGGACCCAGAGGAGGUGCUAAAGGAACAGCGACCACGCGAACAUUUCCACAUUCCCGGCAUGGUACCGCCACCGGUAGCCUUCGAUGAAACGCAUCCUUUGUGGCAGCAGGAACAAGCGUAUGUGUUCCGUGAUUCGAACGUUUUGCUCGAAGGAGUUCGGCAGGCACAGUGUUUGCUAAACACGGUCGUGUUUGAUGAUCUUCCUCUAAAGAUCGAGGAAAAGCUGGACCAAACAAAGCUUCCUAAUCAGUUGGACCGAUCGAUGCAACAAUCUGUCCUUUCGGCACUGGUUUUCGAUACGGAGCAAGUAAAAACGACCAUCAUUAAGGUACCGGAACGACCUGCUUUCAAGCUACCCCGCGCGUACGGAAUCUCUGAGGGGCGCCGGAACUUACUGAUUUUAUCGAAACUAGUAACUCACUGCGAGCGUUUUGCUGGUCCAUCAGUUAAUGCAAACAGGAAAGUGGUCUAUAACGCUCAAUUUCUUGUACCAAUAACUAAAGACGGCGAAAGAACUUUGCUUAAUUUAAAAGCCGAUUCCAUGAUCAUAUCGAACGCUCCAAUACACCCUCUGGAUACGGCCGUUUAUCGCCCAAUGGACCAGGACCUACCAGCAUUGUUCCCCUUAAAGGAGACCGUAUCAAUUCCACAGCAUAAUAUUUAUGAUUGGAGGAACGAAUAUCCCAUCAACCGUAACUACCCGCUUUCUCAUCCUCAUACCGUUCUGAUUCACUGUUCGUCGGGUGAUGUGAAAAAUGCCACCGAAUUGCCCGUUACGCGCGACCAGAUCGAAGGGCGAACGAUGGUUAAGGCAUUUUCGGUAGCGGCGGCUCGCGCAAGACAGCUGUACGGAGACGAUGUGAAGACGUUGCCCCAGCCCAUCACGGUCCAGGCAGUGCAGACGGACAGUAAAUCGUUCCACUUCAGUGUGUAUCAACUUAAUACGCUGGAUUUAAGCUCAAGCACCGAACGGAACAUGUGGUUCCGUAAAGCACCAUUGGACCUGUACAGCGAGUGUGGAUAUGUGGUUGGUAAACCGACGCUAGAGAACUACAACAAGGAUGUUUUGAGACAUUUUACCGUUUUCUAUUCGAGCUAAGGUAGUAGACGUUAUUGUGCAUAGUUGAAAAUAAAUAAAAGUAAAGUCACUA